AUGAAUGCUACAGAACGUCUGCGCUCGAGAGCUUUCCAGGCACGAGCAAAUGGAGAUUAUGACCGAGCUAUCAAGUUUUACACGAGUUUAUCGACUGCAAAACCGAGUGAAAUUGAGGCGAAAUUCCAGCUCGCUGUGUGUUUAGAACGAACAGGUCAAAUCAGACCCGCGUUAGCAGCUUACAAGCAAGCUCAGAGACUUUCCGGUGGACAACAUGCCUUUGCGUACUAUAAUAUGGGCAAUUUGUGUAUGCGUGUCGAUAAAGUAGCUCAAGCUGUCGACUAUUUUUCACGUGCGAUUAGUGUCAGCAAAGACAAAAAAGGGUCCAAUAGAGGAUCACCCCCAAGUGCAUUUUAUCGACAGCGAGCAGCAGCGUACCGUAAGAAUGUAGAUUUCGAGAAGGCCGCACAAGAUUACGACCUUGUUCAAAAGAACUCAGGGGGCUCCACUACCUUGGCAGACGAGAGUGUGAUGUACACUGCUGAGCACCUGUACAACACCGUGAAGCGUGCCACAUCUCCGAAGAAAAGAAUCCCUCAACAAAGUGUACAUAACGAUGAAAUAGCACGUGGAUUGGAGAUCGAACCUGACACAAACCAAGACACAAACAAGUGUCAAAGCGAACCUGAUGAGACUGAAGAUGCACUGACAGCUUGGACGCUUCAGCGCAGUCUGGAGAUUGCUCGACUUCCACCGUCUGAAAGAAGCGACAGUGACCUUCAAUACCUCGUCGAUUUUAUGCAGAAGAGAUUCUUAGUUUGCGCGGCGUUGAAUCCGGAAGUUUGCAAGCUUUUAUGUCGUGAUCUUGUGCUAAGUCCCGAUGGAGCUCUUCCAGCCCAAACACCAAUUUUUAUGGAACAGAAUGGAAGAGUAUCUGUCUCAAAGACUGCUGGUAGAAUGUUUCAGCUGUCGGCAGAGUACCUAGAGAGCUCUGAAGAGCGCUUUAAAGUGCAGGGAGAGCUGGAUGAAGCUGAAAUGGGUGCGUCCGACGUCACGUGGGAACCUCCAUGGAAUACUUAUCAAACACCCGUUAAUUCGGACUGGAAGCAAACGCAAUUAGAGCUCUGUGAGCUUGAGCACGGAGAUAUUUUUGGUCACCAAGGGAGGAUUACAAACGCUCCACGAGCGUAUUCAGCAAUUACGACAACAACGUGUGUGAUAGGGGCUUUAUCGUGGCAUCAGUGGAGUCGAAUUGACCGUGCACAACACGAAGUCGAGCGAGACCGCGCCGCUCGAUUCCUCUCCAUGGCCCCAGCGUUCAAUAAUAUCCCCGUAGUAGAUAUCCGCAACCUUGCAAACCGAUCUACAUUUGUCAAGGUCAUCGGCUCCAAAGUCGUGUGCUGUGAAGGCCAGUCUGUGAAUGGGCUGAUACUGGUUCGAGAAGGCGAACUCUGCAAAUUUUCGCCUUGUGCACCACCUGAUAUGUCCAUAUCAUUCGCACUUAGUGGACGCCUAUCUAAAUCUCAAAGCGCUCGACUAUUUUACACACAACUUGAGACUGCAGGGGAUCCUCUGAGCUUUUUACGUAUUAAUGAGGCGCAUCAUGGAUUGUUUCCACAAAAUUACGUGAAGUCCAAGCAGCGGGAGCUUCUGCGAGCUGCCACUACACGACCAAAAUCAACCAAUACCAGGCGAACAAGUGUCGCUAUCAACUGUAUGGGGACUGGAAGGGGGACAACGCCAACGCAACCGGUUGCGCUGGCACUGCGACGUGGAGAAUGUUUUUGUGCGUCAUCAUCCUGGGUUCCACCGCGCCAGUCUCGACAAGAAAAACAGCAGAUUCAUGGAAUAUCUUGCGCCAAGGCAGCGUUGAUAUCGGUCUCUACAGUAGAGCUUCUGCUCUUGUCGGCUGCAGAUAUCAUGCAGGGAUUCUCUGCUGAUAGCCGUUCGCAACUACAUCGUAAUUUACAGGACAUUGCCUUGAUGAACAAACAUAAGUACAAGACAGACUUGUCACGUUUACGAGCUCCACCUGGAGGGAGAAGAAACUCGAAUCUGUUAGAGCAGUUAGUCCGAGAUACACAUUGGAGCAAAUUUAAACAGGAGCUCGUGGAGAGUGUGCUUCGCGGACGGACGUGA